AGUCUCUGCGAAUGCGACAGGGAGUUGAAUUGUUCGGUUUCACACACCUCGACUCGACUCGACUGGUAAUAGAAUCUCCUCCUCCGCCCUUUCUCGGGGGUCAUACCAUAUGAAUAGAAUACUACCGCGGGAAACUUCCUUUCUCACUCGGCUCUGCUUUUGACCACCUCAACCUUCUCCUCCUUCCUCCCUUCUUCUCCUCUGCCCUUCCCUUUUAAUCUUCGGCUCCCCCAUCCCAUUCAAUGUUCCACUAUCUUGACUGUCUUCUAGGGUUUUGGUCCCUCCGUUGAACCAUGGGUGUUUGUUUCUCUGCCAUUAGAGUCAGCGGAAGCAGCAGCAGAGGCAGCCGAAGAAGCAACGCCGCUAACCUAACCAAUGCGGACAAUCAAAAUCGCGGAAGAAACAAGAACCCCAUACCUGCAGCAAAGAGCAAACAUCAACAACCGAAGGAGAAGGAGAAGGGGCGCACCAAGCGGACAAGUGGUGUGAUCCCGUGCGGCAAGCGUGCCGAUUUCGGGUACGCCAAGGAUUUCCACGAUCACUACACGAUCGGGAAGUUAUUGGGUCACGGCCAGUUCGGCUACACCUAUGUUGCUACCGACAAGGCCAAUGGAGAUCGAGUCGCGGUUAAGAGACUCGACAAGAGUAAGUGUUCUUCCUCUGUCGAUUGCCUAAGAAAAAGGAGAACAGAUCGAUGGAACAAGGUUGUUCUAAGCUUAUCGCAUUUCUGCUGUCAGAUGGUUCUUCCCAUAGCUGUUGUGGAUGUAAAGCGAGAGGUGCAGAUACUGAAAGCGCUCUCUGGCCACGAAAACGUUGUACAGUUUUACAAUGCCUUUGAUGAUGAAAACUAUGUGUAUAUAGUCAUGGAGUUAUGCGAGGGGGGAGAAUUGCUGGAUCGGAUAUUGGCAAAGAAAGAUAGUCGAUACUCAGAGAAAGAUGCAGCAGUUGUCGUAAGGCAGAUGCUCAAAGUUGCAGCUGAAUGUCAUUUACACGGUUUAGUACAUAGAGACAUGAAGCCAGAGAAUUUUUUGUUCAAAUCAGCAAAAGCGAACUCGCCUCUUAAGGCUACAGAUUUUGGUUUGUCAGACUUCAUAAAACCAGGGAAAAGGUUCCGUGACAUUGUGGGUAGUGCAUAUUACGUAGCUCCGGAAGUACUGAAACGUAGAUCGGGGCCUCAAUCAGAUGUUUGGAGCAUUGGUGUAAUUACAUACAUUUUACUUUGUGGGAGACGCCCCUUUUGGGAUAGGACUGAAGAUGGCAUAUUUAAGGAGGUCUUGAGGAAUAAACCUGACUUCCGUCGCAAACCAUGGCCUACUAUAAGUGAAAGCGCGAAAGAUUUCGUUAAGAAGUUGCUUGUAAAAGACCCACGAACAAGGCUAACUGCUGCCCAAGCCCUAUCACAUCCGUGGGUCAGAGAAGGCGGGAACGCAUCUGAGAUCUCAAUCGACAUAUCUGUGUUGAACAAUUUGCGUCAGUUUGUGAAGUACAGCCGUCUGAAGCAGUUUGCUUUACGGGCUCUUGCUAGCACUCUUGACGAGGCUGAGAUUGCUGACCUCAGGGAUCAGUUUGAUGCCAUUGAUGUUGAUAAAAACGGUGUCAUCAGUCUUGAAGAGAUGAGACAGGCACUUGCUAAAGAUCUUCCUUGGAAACUAAAUGAUUCUCGAGUCAUUGAGAUUCUUCAAGCGAUUGAUAGCAACACUGACGGGUUAGUGGAUUUCACAGAGUUUGUGGCAGCUGCAUUACACGUUCAUCAACUGGAGGAACAUGACUCCGAGAAAUGGCAGCUUAGAUCACGAGCUGCUUUCGAGAAAUUCGACCUUGACAAAGAUGGUUACAUAACACCUGAGGAACUGAGACUGCAUACUGGAUUAAGAAGAGGGUCCAUAGAUCCGCUACUGGAAGAAGCAGACAUUGACAGGGAUGGGAAGAUCAGCCUCCAAGAGUUCAGGAGACUUCUAAGAACAGCGAGCAACUUCUGAGCCCUUCCUCCAUAUCUUUGCAUAGUAACAAUCCUUUCUCUUCUUUGCCUCUUGGGAUGAGGGAUCAAUAUUUCGUUAUAUAUAUUUGUCUGUUUGGGGGAUUUCAAUGUACAUUCAAAGUACUUGAAGACUGUAGUCACAAUACAAUGGAGACUAUGAAAAUUGGCUCCCAUUUAAAAAAGAAAAAGAAAGAUUGGUGCA